AUGCCUUGCUGUACCGGAAAAGCCAGUACCAAUGUGAAAUCUCCACAACCAGUGGACAAAAUACCUGAUUCAUCAUCAGGGGAAAAGCUUCGACAAAUCAAUCCCGUUAUGAAACCUGCCGGUCCUUCCAAAAUUGAAUAUACGAUUACUGUAAAAACGGGCAAUUACCGCAAUUCCGGUACCAAUGGUCCGGUUUAUUUGAAAAUAUUCGGCCGCGAUAAUCAACAGACGGAAGAUAUACUUCUGAAAACAUCGUCAAACGAGAAGUUCUUUUCACAAGAAUCGACAAGAAAGUUUCAAAUUCAAGCUAUUGAUGUCGGUAAGCCGCAACGAAUCAUUCUGCGACAUGAAAACAAAGGCAGUGGAUGGUACAUUGAUUAUGUUGAUGUGUCCGUUCAUGAUUUUCUCAUCAGAUUCUUUGCCAAUCGGUGGUUAGAUGAAACGAAACAUGAUCGGAAACUAUCGGUGGAAUUGUUUGGUACUGAACAGCCAGCUGUCAAUUACAACAUCGAAGUUUACACAGGCAGUGAACAGACGGAACCAUUGGAUUCACCAGUGUAUAUACAAAUCUUUGGAACAGUGUCGACAACACCGAAGAUCUUCUUAGAAUCGAAAAACAGUUCGUUUACCAAAGAUUCUCAAGCGAAAUUCAAUGUUGAUAGUAACAAUGUUGGUCAGAUUGAGAAGAUCAUAAUUGGACAUGAAGGUUUAGGAACAGUGAAUGAUUGGUUUUUACAAAGUGUCAAAGUGCAAAUCGAUUCUGAACAACAGACAUUUUUAGCAAAUAGAUGGUUGAGUCCAACGAAAGACGAUAAGAAAUUAUUUGUUGAGUUGACACGACGCGCACCAUCACCGCCACCUUCAAUGUAUAUGGUGACAGUACGAACCGGAGAUGUUCCUCACAACGAAAUAGCAGAGAACGUGCAAAUAAGUAUUCGAGGAGCAAAUGGCGAAGUUGAGAAAGUAUUAUUGAAGGAACAUUGGAAAUCAGACGAGCAGCAGAAGAUCUUUCAACAAGGAAAAACAGAUCAAUUUGAAAUCAAACAUGCUGAUAUUGGACAGAUUGAAAGUCUUACCAUUGGUUUCGAUGACCCCGACCAACGAUUUGCUUGGAUGCUGGAUGCUGUUGAGAUCAAGUAUAAAAAAACAGUUUAUCAUUUUCAAGGACGAUGCUGGCUAUCAAGUCGAUUAGGUCAAGAUUUUAGUUGGAUUACGAUUAAGCCGGAAGCAAAUAAUGACGAUAUUACCUAUAAAACAACCAUCAUCACUGGCGAAUCUGGUAUCGGUAGUAAUGUAAUCUUAUGCAUCUAUGGAGAAACUAAUGUGACCAAAAACUUCGCUUUAACGCAAACGAUGGACGAUUCAAAAGCUAGAUUUGAUCAGAAUAGUCAAUUACAAUUUGAUUUGAAAGCCACUGAUGUCGGAAAAAUAACAAAGAUCAAUAUUGGACAUGAUGGGCAAGAUGAAGACCAACAAUGGUCUCUCGAAGCAGUGCGAAUCGAAAAGAAAGAUGAACAAUACACAUUCAAAGCUGAUCGGUGUUUGAAAGCAAAAGAUGAGAGCUUUGUCGAUUUGUUUCCUGAAGACUCACUGUCAAAAAAAGAUCAAGUUGUUUAUAAAAUAACCGUCAUAACCAGUUCGGAAGACGAUUCAAGUACAGAUUCCGGUGUGUUUAUGACAAUUUACGGCGAAAAAGGGCAAACAAAAAAAUUUCAAUUAAUUAAACCUGAUGAAGAUUCGGAAUCUUUGUUUCGACAAGGGCAAACGAGCGAAUUUGAAAUGGAACUUGUUGAUGUUGGAAAGAUUCAUAAAAUAAACAUUGGGCAAGAUGGAAAAGGUCUGCGUCCAAUGUGGCAUUUAGAUGCCGUAAAAAUUCUUCAAGGCGGAUCAGAACUCUAUAAUUUUAUCGCUGAUACAACACUCGACUUAUCCAUGCCGUACAUCGAUCUAACGCCUUCUUUACCAGAAGCACUACCGAGUUCUAAUACUUCGAAACGUAGUUCCAUGACAGACAAAUUAGAAGUUCAUGAAACAACAUACAAAGUUUUGGUGCAGUAUGGUACAUUACAACAGCGAUCACUCGAUGACGAUGAUGAUGAUGAUGAUGAUGAAUCCCAGCUUCAUAUGGUCAUAUUUGGAUCGAACGGUCAAACAAAAAGAAUGGUUCUUCGAAAGAAUUUGGCUGGUGAAAUCGAUCUGCAAGCGUUCGACGUUGGACAAAUCACAAAAAUAACCCUGGAGCAAAACGGUGGUAAACAUACAAAAGCUUCCGAUCUGGAUCGUAUCAUUAUCAAACGAGGAGAUGAAACAACAAUCUUCAACAUUAAACGUACAAUCGAACCAAACGUCGAACUGGAAUUCACUCCAUCAUCAGAUGACCCACCUGUGGAUGAAUCGACAUUAACAUCCACUUCUGACGUUGAAAGAAAAGCUAGACCUCACACGAAAAAACGGCAUGAUGCUGUUUAUAAGAUUAAAGUUGGCACAGGUGAACGAACAUUUCAUGGAACAGUCAAUAUUAAAAUUCGUGGCGAGCAUGGAAUUUCGAAAGCAACCGAUGAAUUCACAUCUCGAACGACUGAUGUGGGUAGAAUCAAACGGAUUACUAUUGAAUGUUCGGGACUCGAUAAGAAGAAUAGUUGGCACUUACGACGAAUUCAAAUAACUAAGGGAGAAGAAGUUUACAAUUUUCUUUCGAAUAUUCGCUUCAAUACAAAGGAACAAAAAUUAACUCUUCAACCACUUGAUCAAUACCCUCAAGAUUAUGUUCAAAACGAAUUACGUCGUUUGAAAGAGAAAAUUCGAGAGCAGUCUACCAAAUUACAUCGACCAAAACAUCGAGCACAUGAACCCUAUGUAUACAACGACUUAGGUCCAUAUUUUGAUACAAGCGGUGUUAACAAAGCACUUGAUGGACCAUUAGAGAUUCCAUCUGGUUACUAUACACGUGUAACAGCAUUGCGCGUUGUAGAACCAUGGGAAGCAUAUGGAAUGGAUUAUGGAGUUACGUAUGAGUUAUUAAAACCAAGAAGAAAUCGCAGUCAUAGUUCGAAACGAUCUUCAAGUACACAAAACGGAAUGUUGAUGCUUCCACCGCUUUCACUUCCCUAUGGUGGUCAAAUCACUUCAGUGACUUCGACGAGACGUUCAUCAUCGAGUAGUAGGCGACAAACAUCAUCGCAGCACAAUGGUCAAUACUUGCAAACAGCUACUUAA